CACCCUUCCCAUGAAUGGUACGUUCCCCCCGGUAUAUAUUGGCUGCUCUGGCUGCUGGUAUCUAGUCAGCUGGGCGAUCUCACUGCGUUUCAUCCCAUAACUGAUACAGUAACAUUGUAACACUGUAACCAUGCCACUGUGCGGCGGGCUGGGAGAGGCCAUACCUGCCACCCCUGAGAUCCAGGAGCUCUGUGACAAGGUGAGGGGGCUGUGCUGGGAGAUAUGGGGGGCUCUGAGUUAUUAUGGGGGGCUCUGAGAUUAUACAUAAUAAUAAUAAUAAUAAUAAUAAUGCUCUGUGUUAAUAUGGGGGGGGGGGAAGAGAUCCAGGCAUUCCACUCAGUAAUAAUGCUCUGUGUUAAUAUGGGAUGGGGCAUUAAGUAUACAAUGCUCUGUGUUAAUAUGGGGGGGGGGGAAGAGAUCCAGGCAUUCCACUCAGUAAUAAUGCUCUGUGUUAAUAUGGGAUGGGGGGGGGCAUUACAUAAUAAUGCUCUGUGUUAGGGCUGUGUCCAACAGGCUGUUUCCCUGCUUCCUGUAUCCACAUACACCUACAUCGCCAUGGACUGUCAGCAUCUGCUUUCCCCUUCUUCCUGCUCCCUCUGACCCAAUGUUACCCUCCUGCUCAGUGAUGCUGGGGUACCUGGUCUGCUUCCACUGUCUGAACCUGGGGUGCAGGGCCUUCCCCCCCCCCUAAUUCUGUGAACCUGGGGUGCAGGGCCUUCCUCCUCCCCCCUGUACCUCUGUGAACCUGGGGGUGCAGGGCCUCUCCCCCCAAAUUCUGUGAACCUGGGGUGCAGGGCUGCCUCCCUUCCCCUACCUCAGGAACCUGGGGUGCAGUCUUCUCCCCCCUGGGGCUCCCAGAACCUGGGGUGGUAGGGGCCUUCCCUUCCCUCUGGGCCUCAGAACCCAAGUAGGCCUCUCCCUUCCCCCCUGGGGCCUUGUGAACCUGGGGUGCAGGGCCUCUUCCUCCCUCCCCCAAAUUCUGUGAACCUGGGGCAGGGCCUUCCUCCCCUUCCCCCCACCUCUGUGAACCCGGGGGCGGCCUUCCUCCCUCCCCCAAAUCUGUGAACCUGGGGGUGCAGGGCCUUCCUCCCCCCCCAAAUUCUGUGAACCUGGGGUGCAGGGCCUCCUCCCCCCCAAAUCACCCUGUGAACCUGGGGGUGCAGGGCCUCCCUCCCCCCACAAAUUCUGUGAACCUGGGGUGCAGGGCCUUCCUUCCCUCCCCCCAAAUUCUGUGAACCUGGGGUGCAGGGCCUUCCUUCCCUCCCCCCAAAUUCUGUGAACCUGGGGUGCAGGGCCUUCCUCCCCCACCCCUCCCCCCAAAUUAUGUGAACCUGGGGUGCAGGGCCUGCCUUCCCCCACCCCCCAAAUUCUGUGAACCUGGGGUGCCCUGUUGUCCACCACCCUGUAUCUAGCCCAGUUCUAGGCUCCCCCAUAUCUGGAAAGAAAUGAGGGCUGUUUUGAGGAAUGCAAGCUGGUUUGUGGCUGGCAGACUGGGAUCCUGGCUCCUGGUGUGGUGACUAACCUGUCCAUGUGACUGUCUGCAGACAUGCCAACUGUGACAAUGUUUGUCCCCACCCACAACAAAACCAUCUGGAACCUGAUCCAGGCAUCUCUAAAGAUUCUGACAUGCUGUCUGACAAACUGAGUCAUUAAAGGGCUUUGGCCAAAGGUAAAUGUAAUCCCCAUGCAAUCACCCAGGCUGUUAUCUAUGUGAUCCUACAAGUGGGGGUCUAAACUGUGGCAGGAAUCUACAACUAAAACAAACCCUACAGUAGCUGGCAGGAGGUCCUGACUGUUCACUUCCCCCUAGAAGUGCCCUUCUGUUAACUCCCAUGACUGCUGGCUGCAACACAGCACUUUCUAAAUUAUGGGAACGUGCUAACUAAGGAGCGUUUACCAGGAAUGCUGGUAGAAUGCAUCAACCUCUAGCGUGUUGCCCUAGAAUAGGUCCUGUUUUAUGGGGAAAACUACUGGGAGUCACAGGAAGACUCUCCCACUAUCUCAGAAUUUGUGAAGUUUACACCCAAACUAGCAGUCAUGUGCUGUCCGAUUUUUCUUCUUUGCAUCAUUUCUGCUCCUUCCUGAACGCAGACAUUGAAUAAUUUGUGUUUGGUUUCUCCAGAGCGGUGCAUACGAGUCAGCCUUCUUAAAGGGUUAUGGUGUGAGUAGUACCCUGGUCCUAUUCUCCCUCAAGCUUUGCGAGGCAUGUAGGUAGUUGGUGGCGUGUAUAGCAGAAGCUGAAUGCCAGUCCUGACAGCCAUCUGGCUGAGAAUGUCAGCUGACAACUCAAGAGUUGUGGGCUGGCUAAUGUGGAUUUAAAGGGACACUAUAGUCACCUGAACAUUUUAGCUUAAUGAAGCCGUUUUGGUGUAUAGAACAUGCCCCUGCAGCCUCACUGCUCAAUCCUCUGCCAUUUAGGAGUUAAAUCUCUUUGUUUAUGAACCAUAGUCACACCUCCCUGCAUGUGACUUGCACAGCCUUCCAUAAACACUUCCUGUAAAGAGCCCUAUUUAGGCUUUCUUUAUUGCAAGUUCUGUUUAAUUAAGAUUUUCUUAUCCCCUGCUAUGUUAAUGGCUUGCUAGACCCUGCAAGAGCCUCCUGUAUGUGAUUAAAGUCUCAAUUUAGAGAUUGUGAUACAAUUAUUUAAGAUAAAUUAAAUCUGUUUGAAAGUGAAACCAGUUUUUUAUUUUUUUUUCAUGCAGGCUGUCAAUCACAGCCAGGGGAGGUGUGGCUAGGGCUGCAUAAACAGAAACAAAGUGAUUUAACUCCUAAAUGACAGUGAAUUGAGCAGUGACAUUGCAGGGGAAUGAUCUAUACACUAUAAAACUGCUUUAUUUAGCUAAAGUAAUUUAGGUGACUAUAGUGUUCCUUUAAACUCUAUACUCUCUAUACAUGCAGCUUUGCAUAGUGAAACGCUGCACUGACCACAUCAAAUCACUGAGGUAGUCAUGCUUCUUCGAGUAACCCUUUAGUCUCUCUACUUAUCCCCCCUCCCCCCUCCAUGUCCCUAUGGACUCUCCUCUCCUAGGAAUUUAUAGCUGACACUCCCAAUGAAGUGACAAGUUGCACAGGUGAUGUAUCUAAACGUUUGUUUCAGUCCCCUCCAGAAUGGAACGACCAGUAUCUGACUACUUUUAAUGGGCUGGUGACACGGCUGCAGUGAUUAUGGUAGUUGGAGUGCACCUGUAACUAGCGACAAGCUAAACAGAACUUUCAGAAUCUGCAAUUCUAAACCAUCUAAUUUUUUUUAUAAAUUUUUUAAGCUUUUCAAUUUUUUUUUUUUUUUUUUAUAUUUGGGGAAGGGGGAUUUUAAAAGUUAACUCAAAUCUUGGAACCUUGAUCUAAUAUCUGAGUUUUGCCAAGAUCCUCACUGGUUAGAGCAAGCUUUGACUAACCAGCACUUUAGUCAAGGAGUGAAAUGUCUGCCACUGAGGGCUAGGCUCUGGAGGGCUACCUGUUGCGCAAAUCUGACUAUUUUGACAGAAUAACCACAACAACUUUGUAGUGGUUCUAGUACCCCUUUAUCAUACGGCUACCAUACCUGGGUGUACACGUCAAGUCUACCUACAAUUAUUAAUGCACUCUUGGUCUCAAAUGGGUAUUUGUUUCCAAUUCGGAUAUUGCUGUUCCCUGCUUCUCUAUGCAAUCCAUUGUGCUAGUCUACGGUCUCUGCGUCUCCCAGAUAAACACCGCUUCAUCUUGACACAUUGUUAAAAACUUGCCAUGGUGACCAUGCCUCUAGUCAGGUUUGUACUUGUCCACUUGCUAUUCCCCACGAUGGGGACUGCCUUGGGGUGACAGAUUGAUUAUGGCUUCAUUACUGUAAUUAUUCUGCUUUCUCCAGGUAAAGGCGCAAGCUGAAGCUAAAAGUGGAAAGAACUUCGGCCAAUUUAUAGCCGUCUCUUACAAGACCCAAGUUGUUGCUGGAAAAAACCUUUUCAUCAAGGUAAGCUUUAAGAAUUCCAUGUAUGAUGACAAUGGGGUAAUCAUUAUCAUUCGAUAACUGGUCCAAUCACAGCCUUCUAGGACAAACAUGGGCUUGUCCAGUUAACUUGAGCGAAAGUUAACGCUUUGUGUCUAAUGUGUAUUUUUCUUCCUAGCCUAUUUAGAGGCCUUAGUUCCUCAGUUUGACAUCUAGGCACACUACAGGUGUCUAGCAAACUUUUGAUAUUUUUCCAUGUGAGUAUUUAAUCUAUCCUACAUAACGUUCUUCUAAAUUCUGUUUGUUUCUAUGAGCGUGUCACCCUGAUAAUGUUAAAAUUAUCUCCGCCCCUAUGGUUUACCAAAUUACUAGUUCUGCAGUAAACUGGAACACUGCUGUCUACCCUGUAUGUCAAACACUUUGCUCUAGAAUCUGCCUCCAAACCCUUCAGGGCACUGCCUUGUUAAAUGAGUGUAUUGGUGCAGUUGAAACAGUGAGAACUGAACAUUUAAAGUUGCUCUGCAAUGUCUUUCUAAUAAUGCCUUUCUUGCUCUCCCUCCAAACAUGCAAUGUCCCUACUGAAUGUCUCCUGUCAUCUCUGCAGGUUGAUGCGGGUGACAGCUUCCUCCAUGUGCGGGUUUAUCAAGCCCUUCCUCAUACAAAUAAGGGGCCAGAGGUCCACAGCGUCCAAAUCAAGUCAAAGGAUGAUGAGAUUGACUUUUUCUAAUCUCAGUCAACAUCUUGCACAAUAAAACGAAUGUGACUCAAAGCGCCUUAAACUGAGCUACUAUUCCAGAGCAUGUCGGGCUACAAAAUAAAAAUCUGGGGGAUGGGGGGGGGCUAAUGCUUUUUGAUACUAAUGGUUAUUCUGACCUACAAUAAAUAUUAAAAAAAACUAGCCUGUC